CUACACGCUCUGCAUCUGUAUUUGUCAGGCUCAAAUCCAAGGGAGACGAACGAGGCGCCAUCUUUCGUGCGUUUCUCCCUCCAACGAUGAGAAAAUGAUCUCGAAACCGGUGGUCUGUGGCACCUCCGAUCUGUAAAUAAAGGCGUUUAUGAAAAGAACUCGUACCCGAGCAAAACAUCGACUCAUAAUAUACUGAAAAAAUAUACAUUUGCUUUCCACAAUCCACAGAAGCGGACAGCAGCAGCAAGGUGUUGUCUAGUAUCGCCCAUUUCGCGAUUCCGGAGCCGAUAACGAAAAGGGUUCCUGAAACCGGGGUGUUUUUUGACGAAGCGGACACGGAUAUGGCGAAGGCGGCGGGGCUGCUUGACCAAACGGCUGGUUUUGUGCUUUGGUGACAUUAUUGUGCUGUUGAAGCCAAAGGUCGGUGGAAUAGUUGCCGAAAUUCCCUCGGAUCGCGCGCCCGUCACGUGCCAGGCUGUGUAGGUGGGCUGGAGUGAAGGAUUAGAGGUGCAGGCUGCCGUGCCCCUUCCCUGGCCCUGCAUGGCUGCGAUGGCGCCCGCUCUGACUGACGCCCCAGCCGAAGCCCGCCACAUCCGCUUCAAACUCGCCUCUCCCUCGUCCACCCUGUCCCCCGGCAGCACAGAGAACAACAGCAACGCCAGCAACAUCCUCAUCUCAGACUCCGUCUCGGACUCCGCCGGAAGCCACAGCAACGGCAAGUGUCACAUCAAUUCCAACGACACCCAUUACCACAGCGUCAAGGAUCAGGAUCCCCUGUCUAAAGCCCCAUCUCUGGGCAAGCUGGCACCUUACUUGUGCUCUGAUGUCAAACCAUUGCCCUCAUCCACCAAAGUCAAGGAGUCGCUGAAGCUGCAAGGUGUCCUCAUUAAGCAGUCAGUGCUAAAGAGCCACGGCCUGUUAAGCGGCUCCAUAUUUCCAAGCGCUGCUGCAGGCGGAGACUUUCUUCUGCGCAAGCGUCACCAUCUUGAGCUGACUGGAGGUCAACUGAAGAGCCUGGUCAACGGUGGCGGAGCUGGGAGUACCAUGGUGCCUGUGAACGGACUCUCCAAGAAAGUGGCUGUGCCUAGAGCUGCGGUGGCGGAGAAAGGUAGCGUCGCCACAGUCAAUGGAGACAGCAACCAACCAUCCACCAACGGGGAAGCUUUGCUAUCCGUGUCCUCAAAGUCAAAGUCUGGACAGAAUGGAGAUGUGAAGCCACAACAGAAUUCGACACCGAGCAUUCAAGGUGUGUCAUCACACAGGGAGCUUACUGCUUUGACUGAAAGUGCAGAGGUCAAAGCAGAACCAGGGACUCCUGUUGGUGGACUGCGCAUCGAAACAAACAGCAACAAUGAUGUCAGCUUUGAAAACUGCCCCUCGUCUCGUAGCUCAUCCCCAGUUCAGGAUGACUCGACCAUACCGACACCCAACUUGGAGGUACUGCUCCGGGAUCGGGCCAAGCAGAGCCAACAGAGGCAAACAGACAUCGAGAGCCGCCUGCUGCGUCUCCGCAAGCGGCUGCAGGUGGUACAGGCCAAGCAGGUGGAGCGGCAUUUCAAACAGCAGCUCUCUGGUUUUCUUGAGCGUACUCUGACCCCAACAUCUAGUCGUAGAGGAGACCCUGGAGCCUGGAGAGGGUCACGCACUUCAGUGGAAACGCACGCACAUCAUUUGAAUCGGUUUUUGAAGGGUGGCAGGGUGGCGUCAGAGCUGGAUAGUCUGCAUCUCAGCGGCACCACACAUCUGCAUGCAGCAGAGAGUCAGUUUGACUCUGAUGCCACCGAGAGCAGUUCAGGAGGAGAGAGCGACGUAGAGGAGGAUGAGCUGGCCAGGGUGGACGUCGAACAGUGUCACAUUAAACUAUGGAGGAGAGCAGAAGGCCGGUUUGCCCGGGAAAGAGCCACCAUCAUCAGUCACUGGACGUGGCUGCAGGCGCAGAUAUCAGACCUGGAGUACCGCAUCCGGCAGCAGGUCGACAUCUACCGCCAGCUCCGCACCGGAAAGGGUCCAGUGGAGCUGGGAGACUCCGCCCCUUCCUGCAAGACAGAGACUAAUGAGAAUAUCCUGACCUCAACAACAUCCCAGAAUUUCUCUGAAUCGCAGUCUCGCUUGACGGACGCAUCUGAGAACAUUGUCUCCAUUAGCAGUGUGUCAGAAAUGUCAGACACGUGUCUUUUGAGUCUAGACGGCAGCUCUACGUCUGCACGAACACGUCCGCUGGUGGCCUGCAGGAGGCGACGACUGAUCCACCCUAACACCAUCCACAACCUCAACGGCAAGGUUCAGAGAGUGUGUUUCUCUCCUCUGCGAGUGUGUGAGGUCAACAGCUCGUGCGUGAUGUGUGGCAGCGCUCGAUCCCUCCUGAAAGCAGACUCGCCGUAUGAUCGCCCUCUGCUGGAGAGAGUCGCACAUCACGACCGCAGUGUCCACCCCGUUCUGUCCAUGCAGUCAGAUGUGGCAUUCAGCGUACAGUUGCAGAAGGUGUUGAGGACUCACUGGCAGACUCGACCCUUUGACAGGAUCAAACCGCUCAAGAAGAUCGCCCUCAAACACAAGCUCUCCACCACACCUCCGUCAUCAUCAUCACCGUCUUCAUCCUCCUUCCUCUCCAAACACAAAUUCAGACUGUCCAACUCGCAUGCGGCAGCAGUCCGAUUUGCUCGCCACAAGAGCAGGUCGGAAAGGUUUCACAGGCUGCCAGUGGAAAACAUCUCAUGUGUCCCAAAGCCAGAAACACUCACACCCUGCAGGACGGGCCGAGUGCUGGACCGGAGCCAGAGCCGAAAGAGGGUCCGAGAGCCCUCGCUGGACAGAGCAGACUUAGCACCGAAAGUGGUGAUGGAUGCAGGCAGUCCAUGUCCGUCUCUGUCCGGUCUUCACUCUACCAACACCAGUCCUCUGACCAGACAGCUCUCCCUCCCGAUCGAGAGCAGCACUCCUCUGGGAAGCAAUGUGCCUAUACGGAGAAGAAGAGGCGAGAGUCCGUUUGAUAUCAACAACAUCGUCAUUCCCAUGUCAGUGGCUGCAACUACCCGAGUGGAGAAACUGCAGUACAAAGAGAUCCUCACACCCAGAUGGAGGGAAGUGGACACUUUGGCUCAACCGCUUUCAGAGGAAGACAAUAACAUUCAGGUUGAGGAUCUUUCAGACGCAGUGUUCGCUAAACUCCACCAGCUGUGUGAGGAUCAGGAACGCUCUCGCUGGAGAUGGACAGCUCUCGCACCAGCCAAGAGGAGAGGCAGCAGGUCAUAUAAAUCUCUGGACGGGCGAACAACCCCAUCGCUAAUCGGAACAAACCCUUCGACGCCGCAGCCCUCCUCUCCAGACACCAGUCAGUUCCAGAUCCUGCAGGAUUACGGAGCGGUGCCGUCAAUGUCGCCCCUGAGCCCUGCCAGCCCUGACACACCACACAGACUGAUGUACAGCGAAGACACCUGCGGCUCCACCUCAGACUGCACACUGGAGGAGAAGACGGUGCAGCCCUGGGACCUCAGGAGUUUUCCUUUACCUGAAGACCCGAUAGUGGAGCCAGAGCCAGAGCAAGAUGAGCUGAGCUUUUCUGCAGGCCUCAGAGUCAGCGUGGAGUCCGAGAGCGACGCUUCCUCACCCUGAUUAAAGACAGACCACGCGGACGGGCGAUCUUAAAACCACACACCUCUUAUGGCAUUAAUUGAGGAAAACACAAACUCAUACUAAUCAAAGCAAAACUACAAACGAAUCUGUCGGGACUUCUGUUGUUUGAUAUUCAAACAUCAGCCAAUUAUUUUCACAGUUUUUAGUGAAUAUUACCGGACAUAGAAAGCUAAACCUGUUUUCUUUAUUUUGUUUUUCUCUCAGAAGAAACGCGUAAAGGAGAUGUAUGAAAGUUUUUUCCAUAAUUGUUUUUCAUAGUCAGCUAAAUAUAUCAUCGGGAACUUAGUGUGGUAUUCUAACCUGUCAGGUGAACACUAUGUAGUGCACUGUGUAGCAGACGUAAAGAGGGCUUGACCAAAGGGUGCCUCUCUGCUGACUCGUUAUAUAUAUGUAUGCUUGUGUUGUGAAGUGACGAACCAAAACCUGACGAAGAUACUUGCCUGCAUUAUUCUCAGUUAGUGGAUGGUCGUACGCCGAGCUCCGUUCAAAAGCACUUCACAGGGCACCGAUAUCUCUUCCUCGCUUUUCGCUCUUUCUUUCGGUUUUCUUUAUGGUUUCCACCAAGCGUAUGGAGUAUUGCUAUGCUAAUGUUCAUCAUGACAUCAUGUAUAAUGGAGGAAUCGCAAGCCUUUAGUGCACAUUAGUUUAGCUGUACGUGCUCCGGGCUCUUUCUGCAUCAUCUGUUGAGAUUGUACUUUUGUAUCGUUGGUCUUAAAGGAGCCAGAUGUUUCACACAGACCUGCCCUUCUCAGGUUUAUGCAGUUGUUUGGGAAGCUGUUAACAAGGCGUCCGUCUGUUUUAUCUCCUCACCUUGUCAAUAUUUGUGUGACCCCGACUUAGUGUUCCUACUCAGCACUGUCUUCGCCCUUCGAGAAUCUACUUGCUAUGCAACUCGACAUUAUUGUUGUGGCCCUGUCCUUUUCUUUUUCAUACAAUCACCAUGUCUUUCUUUUGUUUUAUUUCUUUGACAUGUCUUUCUCUUCAUAGCUUUUUGAGACAGGUUUCAUUGUAAUUCGGACUGUUUCAGACGUGAAAUCAUUUGCAGAAAAAAAAAGAAAAAGAAAAACACCCUUUUUGUAAAUAGUACCAUUAAAACAAAUCAAACUCCA